CAUUUGGAGCCCGGGGAGAGUAAGCAUGACAAUGUAUGGGACUCAUAUAUGUUGUGACUGCAGCUCACGAUGACAGUUCGCAUCAGGACUGUGGAUGCACUUAUCAAAAGUCUGGAUAUUUCAGAGGAAGCACCAUGGACGCAGCGGACAUAGUUGCUUCCGUUUUAGUUUUGGGGAUUAUUAUCGUGUCGCUGCUGUCCAACGUUGUGGUGCUGAUCUGCUUUCUGUACAACCCAGAGAUCCGCAAACAGGUACCGGCUCUUUUUAUUCUCAACUUGACGUUUUGCAACCUGUUGCUAAGCGUGUCCAACAUGCCACUAACUCUGAUCGGGCUCAUCACCACGGGCCACCCCGGAGGCAGCGGCUUCUGCCAAAUUGUGGGUUUCCUCGACACUUUUCUCACCACUAACUCCAUGCUCAGCAUGGCAGCUCUCAGCAUCGAUAGAUGGGUGGCUGUUGUGUUCCCACUCAGCUACCACUCCAGAAUACGGCACCGGGACGCAGUGAUAGCGCUGGCGUACACGUGGAUUCACUCACUUUGCUUCUCCACAGUGGCCACCUGCCGCUCCUGGGUCGGGUACCAUCACCUUUACGCAUCGUGCACUCUCUGCAGUGUCAGGGCCAAGGGAGCCGGGACGCAGUUCAUCAUAUUCACCGUGGCUUUGCACUCCCUCACUUUCCUCCUCACGCUGAUCGUGUUGUGUGUAACGUACCUGAAAGUGCUCAAAGUUGCAAGGUUUCACUGUAAACGCAUCGACGUGAUCACUAUGCAGACGCUGGUGCUGCUUGUGGAUAUUCACCCGAGUGUGCGGCAGAAAUGCUUGGAUGAGCAGAAGCGGAGGAGGCAGAGGGCCACCAAGAAGAUCAGUACUUUCAUCGGCACAUUUGUGGUGUGCUUCACCCCUUAUGUCAUCACAAGAAUUGUAGAGCUUUUCUCCCCGUGGCCCAUAAACCCUCACUGGGGCGUGCUGUCCAAAUGUUUGGCCUACAGCAAGGCAGCAAGCGACCCAUUUGUCUACUCGCUGCUGCGGCACCAGUACAGGAAGACCUGCAACCUUCUGGCCAACAAAGUCCUCAAGAGGAGUCCGCUCAACUCCUCCUCCCUCAGGAUGGAGAACAGCGCAGUGAGGAGCGACAACAACUGCAACACAACCAACAACAUCCAGCCACCUGCCAACAAGCCACUUGGCCCGUGA